GCGGCGUAUUUACCGCGGUGCGCACGCGUUUUCCGUUAGCUUUUGAAAAACGAUGUUCGGUUAGCGCGCGAAUCGAAAUAAAGAUCGAGGAACCGAAAUUACCAGAGAAAUUAAUAUGUCGAAUAUACCUUUAGUACGUCGGGCGAUCGUUGGAGCAACUCUAGCCCAUAAUGCGCCAGGUCUUCAGUCGCCGGGUCAAUCCAACUCACCGGUUGAACCUGACCCGAUGAUCGUCGAGGGGGGUCAAGAGAGCCAGUGGACCCCCGCCGCGUUAGAAAGGGUUGGGUCGACGUUGAAGGCUUUGAAUCGUAUGGCCAAACGACCACCUGUACAUUUAUUGUUCGAAGAUGUCAACUACACCGUAAGCUCUCAUAAGGGGGAGCAGAGAAUACUUCAAAGCGUCUCCGGAGAGUUUCGUUCAGGAGAGCUGACAUGUAUACUAGGACCUUCGGGGGCUGGAAAGUCUACUUUACUCAACAUCUUAGCAGGAUACACGUUGAACGGCGUCACCGGACGUAUAUCAGUGAACGGACACGUGCGAGACAUGAGGGUCUUCAAGAAGCUGAGCUCGUACAUCAUGCAGGAUGAUCUGCUGCAGCCAAGACUGACCGUGCAAGAGUCCAUGUGGAUCGCUGCUGAUCUGAAACUCGGCAAGGAACUGGGAAAGCCGGAGAAGGAACUCAUUAUUGAAGAAAUUCUACAAACACUAGGUCUGUGGGAUCACAGAGACACAAGGUCUGAAAAACUGUCUGGAGGACAAUCGAAACGUCUCACUGUCGCCCUGGAGCUGGUCAACAAUCCACCCAUCAUAUUUCUGGAUGAGCCUACCACAGGUUUGGACAUCGUGUCGAUACGACAACUGGUAGUGCUUUUGCGGCUAUUGUCAAGACAAGGAAGAACUAUCAUAUGCACAAUACACCAGCCCUCGGCUUCUCUGUUCGCUCUCUUCGACAGAGUGUAUGUGAUGGCGCGGGGAAUGUGUUGUUAUCAGGGCGCCGCUCCUCUUCUGGUACCGUAUCUGUCAGAGCUGGGGCACACUUGCCCCACGACCCACAAUCCAGCGGACUUCGUGCUGGAAACGAUCAUCACCGACGCGGAAGCAGCGGCUCAGAUGUCGGAAUUAUGCCAGAAUGGAAAACUUUGCAGGAAACUGGAUAGGAUGUUAGCGAGAGGUGGAAAGAAACCAAUUUUACAUUCAGACGAGUCAAUACAAAGGAUAUUCGUCGAACACAUAGCCAAAGAACAAAUGCAGAAGAUGGAAUUUCCGACCACGUUUUUCACGCAAUUCUAUAUCCUAACGAAAAGGAUGUUCAUACAAAACAAAAGAAAUUUGACCACACUCUGGAUACAGUUAGCGCACCAUCUAACUUCAGCCAUUCUUCUUGGAAGUAUAUUCUUCGGCAUUGGUAACGACGGGGCCUAUCCAGUAGUAAAUUUUAAGUUCUGCAUGAGCUGUUUGGUGUUUUUCAUGUACACAUAUAUAAUGAUACCGAUAUUGUUAUUUCCGAUGGAAGUGCACCUACUGCGUCGGGAAUACUUCAAUCGCUGGUACAGCUUAAAGGCUUAUUAUGCUGCGCUGAGUUUUGCCACUAUGCCUGCGAUGACUUUACUUGGCCUCAUAUUCCUGGUUAUAACGUAUUUCAUGUCAGGGCAGCUGCUAGAGUGGGAGAGGUUUACAUUGUUCUCUAUCAGCGGACUGCUCACGGGAAUAUGUUCCGAGGGCUUAGGUCUCGCCAUAGGCGCAGCACUGAGUGUUACUAACGGCUCUAUCGUCGGACCAUCGAUAGUGUCACCACUCCUGGUUCUCUGCUGCUACGGAAUGGGUUUCGGUCCUUACAUAGAGGGCACCAUGCGCGCCCUAAUGUCCGCCUCGUAUCUGCGUUACGGUCUUUCCGGAUUAACUUUAUCCCUGUUCGAAAACCGACGGCCAAUGGACUGUUCAUUAGAAUUCUGUUUGUAUUCCGAUUCUAAGCUCCUACUGCGGGACGUGGGAAUGACAAACGAUCGAUACUACAUUCAAAUAAUAGGAUUGUUGGCAUUCACGUUCGUUUAUCGAUUGUUGGCGUAUUUCGCUUUGAGGUAUCGAAUGACCGCAGAUUUUUCUAAUCGAUUCAUGUGUUACAUUAGUAAAUUUUUAAAGCAUCGAUAAUUCGUAAACAGCUUUUAGUGUUAAUUCAUUAAUGGUAUUUAAAUCGUCUCAAGAGAAUUGAAUCUUUUCAAAAUUAGAACUAUGGUCUGGGUUAGAUUAUAUGGUGUAUUUUUUUUAUUGUAAAAAAAACGCAUACAAUUACAUUAAGGUAUAAUAACUCGGUACUUAUCAAUUCGAUGAAUUUAAUUAUAAUUUUAGAACUAUACAAAAGAGAACAUAGUUUUAUCGUUCUUGUUCAAAUGUGAAGUUGUACUCUCUAUAUCUCAUUAGUUUAACCUUUAACCAGUGACAUGGAGUCUCACAGGCUUCGUGCUUUUUGCGAAUUCUUAGAAUUCGCCACUCCCCCCAGCUCGCCGCGACUCCGAGUCUCAGUAGCCUUUGUUAUAGUAGUAAAUUGACCACGGAAGGAAGCAGACGUGUUGUCGGUCGUAUAACACGUGAGUAACACUCAUCGAAAAAUUGGACGUAGCCUGUCAGGCUCCAUGUCCCUAGUUGCCAUUCAAAAUAUUUUUUUGAACUAUUUCUUUUUAUUUUGAUACUUUGUAGUUCAGAAUGGCAAAAAACGGUAAUAAACGUCAAUGUCCGAAAUCAAGUUCAGUUGAGCCAUCAAAAAGAAAAAUAUUGCGGGUAGAGAGUCCGUAGUGUUUUACCGCAUUUUGGAUUUGAACAGCAUGAAAGCUCAUAUACUGCACAACAUGCACCAACCUAAGAUUAUAGAAAGGGGAGAUUUCCUAAAGACUAGCUCGUUCGCUAGUUCUCCCAUGGGGGACCAGACUACGCGUUUCUGAAUAUGGAUUCAGAGACGCGUAGUCUGCAGUCAAUUACCGAGGGAGUUACGCUUCGUGAUAAAGCGAAUUCUGGGUGACGAUAUGGUCGAAGAAGAUGUCCAAAGUCAUGAAACUAGUCAAGGCAAAAGAAAGGCAUGCAGGAUUUGCCCACCCAAAUUGCACAGAAUGACUGUGUACACGUGUGUCGGGUGUUGCGAUCCCGUAUGUUUGCAAUGUUCUCGCCCUUUGUGCAAAAAUUGCCAGUAAUGUAUGCUGAAUUGAGUCAUUGUCAGAAUUUUUAUUUUUUGUUUUUGGGAAUGACUAUUUUGUUUUUUCGUUCCUUCUAGAUUAGAUUUUAAGUAAAAGAUAUUAACUUUAUCGUUUUUCUCGCAUAAGGUCGGCUGAAAUGUGAAAUGAGGAUCUCAUACCAAUUAAGGCUGUAAAAUACCCUUAAGUGUUAUUACUCGAUUCUCUCGAUAUUUUAUAAAAAAGCUUGGUUUGAUUUACUAAUGUGUUUUUCAUUAUAUACCGUUGAUUGAAUAUUAAGGCAAUUUUGAAACACUCAAGUUGAUUUUCACAAUAAAAAUGAAUUUACAAGUAGUAGUCUGUGAGACGUCAUGUCCUUUAUAGUGUUAUAAAUUUGGCGUGUCACCAGUUAAAGGUUAAGAUUAGAUAAACAUUUAAGGGGUUUUGACAGUUUUUUAAGUCAUUAUUAAUGUUUUUUUUAUUUUCGUUUAAAUCGUUAUUACAACAAAAAUAUUUGAUUUAGUCGAAACAAUGAAGACAUUAGUAAUGAAUAACAAACAAAUAUUAGGCAUCGUCGUGGAAACUAAAUACUUUAAUUCUCGAGAUCAGAGCCAUAAGGUAUGAUAUCCAAAUUCGAUCGAAAUUAAUCUAUCGGGACCUUUAUGGUGUUUGUUGUUGUUAUGAAAAAAUUAAGAUUUUUUUUUUUUUUCGUUGACAUAAAAUUAACUAAAAAAAAAAGAGAAUCGAUAAAAAAACACAGGAGAAAAUGGUACUUAGCUGUUUUAGCUAGAAUGUACAAUUAUUGGGAUAAUAUUUAAAAAAAAAAAUUAACUCUUUUUACAAUUAAGAGUUCUUUGAAUUAUAUAAAAAUUUAUAAAGCAAACAGUAAAUUUGACGUUAGAGAAUACUUCUGAUGUGGUGAAUUGUGUUGCCACAUUUUUUUUAUGAACACUUACAUUGUUGUCAAAUUUCUCACCAUAAAACGAUUUAAAACAUUUAAAAGGGUUGAGUCAUUUUGGUGUUCGCAUAAAAACAUGAAAUUUAAUUACAUCAUUUUCAUUUAUAGUUUAAAAAAAAUGUCAAAUACCGUAUUGUUUGAUACAUUAGUUAAGUUUUGUUUUUGUCUGUGAUAAUGAUUGUGUAGAACAAAAUUGUGUUUUGCAUUUAUAAAUUAGCAUAACAACUUAAUUGUACUAAAUCAAAAGUUACUGAUAGUAAAAACGCGGUAAUGGUAGUGACAGUUGACAUAUUUCGUCUAUGUCAUGAAGCUGCAUAAUAUUAUCUGUGGAAAAAAAAAUUUGAAAAUGCAGCAAAGUAUAAGUAAAAAAGAAACGAAUCCAAUUACUGAUUCCGCAUUAGAAUCUCCAUAUUGCAUAAUCGAUUUGUAAAUCUAUUAAGAUUAUAUUUGUAUUAGGUGUAAGUACAUGUCUGUGCACAAUUAAGCUUAUUCGAAGUGACCGUCAUAUCUUGGUCGAAUUUAUAUUAUAUUUAUCGCUUCUAAAAUCUACCGUGUUAGUUAGAGUUCUGUCUUGUUUGUUCUUCAAAUUGAAGGACCGAUUUUCGUCUUUCAUCCCCAUUCGCUCACGACGUACUGUUUCAUUGUUUAAAACACAGCAGAAAUUUCAUUCUAUUCUCGAUUGAAUGUGAGCAUGACAAUUUAGAGUUACAAAAUAUUAAACGGGCAAUAUUAUGAUGUAAAAUUGUCUUUUAUGCAUGCCGUAAUAGAACUAUGGCAGUUUAUUAUAGUAGCAUUAUUUAUUAUUAAGGACGCAAAAACGACUGAGAUUAAUUAGUUAAUCACGUAAACGGCUAGGGUUUAGAAAUAAAAAAAAUACUAAAUCAGA